GAAAACUACUUAAAUCUCGCGUUAACUAGGCGAGAGUUACGAGUGGUGCAGUGAACCAUCAAACACAGCACUGCCUCCGUCAUCGCUACUAUGUGCCUGACUGAAAACAUUGUAGUUGGUGUUUGUCUUACAUGCUGUUAACAUCGACAGCUAUACUACAAUUGUUGUCAGACAGUCGAGCUUGUAAGUCACAUGUCUCACCGAGCAGCACAUUACUGUUUAUCUUAUGAUAAAUCUUCCUCAUUUAACUUGUUAAAUGAGUAAAGUUUUCCUUUUUUCCCUGCGCCUUCUCCUUGUCAUCUUUCCUGUCGCUUUAUCCCCUUCAUCUCUCUUCCUCUGUAUGUAAUAUAUGAUGAUCACUCGGUCUCGGUCACUUUCUUCUGUUAUUUUGUCUCGAUGUCAUAUUGACUUGUAAACCAAAACUGCAGGCUGUGAUAUAUAUAUAAGCAAGCAAACACUUCGGAGACUGUUGUUUAAAAGCGAAAAGAGGUGUGAGGAAAAGUAGAAAAAAAAAAAAAAAAAGAACUGGGAAAACAUUAGAUGGAUUCUGUCCGUCAGCGUCGUCUUGCGGACACCGACUUUUUGUCGACACCAUCUCGUCCCGAUACAAAGACCAGCAACAACGAUGCCUCUUCAAUAUCGUCUCAAAAAAUCCCAAAGCAAAACCAACUCAAAAACAUUCCUGGCAGCGUAUUAUGGACUGUUGUAGUUGUCUUUCACGUCAGUCUGUUUUUGUUUGUUAUUCAUCGUACAACUACUUUACCUCUGCCCAAGAAAACAUCUAGCAGUCAGAGCGAUGUAUUCGAGGAGGAGACUGCUCGCAAACACCUGGAUGCUAUUACCGGCCUUGGCCAGCGGCCCGUGGGAAGCUACGCUAACGAGAACCUGGUCAAACAUUACAUCCUGAACGAACUGCAAAAGAUCCAGCAGCAGUCUUUGGCCAAUCUCCAUGCUAUACAAAUUGACGAGCAGAAUGUUAGCGGUCAGUUUUCUUUGCACCUGAAAAGCAACUUUCUCACUGUCUACAGAAACAUCAAGAAUAUCGUGGUGAAACUUGACCCAGUCACCGAGUUCAAGGAUGCGAGUAAACACAGUGUUUUAGUCAACUGUCAUUAUGACAGUGUUGUUGGGAGUCCUGGUGCUGGUGAUGAUGCUUCUAGUUGUGCUGUGAUGCUUGAGGUCUUACGUUCUUUGUCCCAGAGGAGCACACCUUUGCGGCAUAGUAUAAUCUUCCUUUUUAACAGCGCUGAAGAGAAUAUGUUGCAGGCUAGCCAUGGAUUCAUCACGCAGCAUCGAUGGGCAGAAACAAUCCGUGCCUUUGUCAACCUGGAUGCAGCUGGAGCUGGUGGAUGGGAGAUAGUAUUUCAAGCUGGUCCGCAGCACCCUUGGUUAAUUCAAGCAUAUGCAAAAUCAGUAAAAUAUCCCUUUGCUUCAAUCCUGGGGCAAGAAAUCUUUCAAGGUGGAUUUGUUCCAUCUGAUACAGAUUAUCAAAUUUUUCAAAAAUUUGGAAACAUUCCAGGUUUGGACAUAGCCUAUGUUACCAAUGGUUACGUCUACCAUACCAAGAAUGACCGGACAGAAUUCAUUCAACCUGGUUGCAUACAGAGAGGUGGUGAAAAUUUGAAAAACCUGUUGGAAACAAUAGCCUCCACACCAAAACUAGCUGACCCAGGUGCUGAUCGUCAUGGCAACAUGGUAUUUUAUGAUGUGCUGGGUUUUUAUAUGUUUGUUUACCCUAAACGAAUAGCAGCAAUCUUGAACAUUGUCAUUGUAGUGUGCAGUCUGUUACUUAUUGCUAAAAGUUAUCUUUUUUAUGGCAACAGUUCUAAAGGUAAAUCAUCACGGAAGUCUUUGUUACAGUUAUUUGUGGCAGUUUUGGCACUAUUUGUUAUGUGGAUCUCUAUAGUGGCCACCAUGCUGGCAUCUGCUUUCGUGCUUGACAGAUCUGAUCAUGCUAUGUCUUGGUACAACCAUUCCACCAACAUCAUCUGGGUGUUUGUUAUUCCGGCUUUAACGGUGGCACUGUUUGUAUUGAUUUGUACAAAGCACUUUCUCUAUAAAAAUGAAAACCUCUUCACCUUGGAAAAGUUAUACUAUGAUGCCAAUGUUGUGGUAUGGUCCAGUCUAUUGGCAUUACUUACCUACUACAAUGUUGGUUCAGCUUAUCUUCUCUCAGCUUGGUUGCUGUUCUCACUUCUUUUUAGACUGUUCAGACCCUGCAUCAAAGGUCAUAUACUGCGUCUGUUGGCUGGUCACUUCGUUGCACUCUGUCUGCCCACUCUCUUGACACUCUACAUGUCUCAUUUAUCACUACUGUUCUUUCUUCCCAUCAUGGGUCGUGUUGGCUCCUUCAUUGUUCCUGAUGCUGCUGUUGGUGUCAUGAUUGCUCUCCCCAUCAUUGUUAUCUCUGGAUUCAGUGCUAAUAUAUGGAUAGUCAGCAGUGGCCUGAAGAAAUUAGUUGGCAUUUUAUCUGUAGUCACUCUUAUUGGCUUUGCGGUGAUAUUAUUCACUGACUAUGGCUUCCCUUACAGCCUUGAUGACAAGAAACCAGCUUAUCAACGUCUGAUGAUGAAACAUAUUCGAAGACGAUUUCAUGAUGCGCAAGGUAAUGUAAGUCACACAGAUUCUGGUAUAUGGUUUAUAUCACUGGAUCACAAUGGUUUAAAAGGAGUUCGUGAAGCACAGCCAGAAGCUUUCAAAAGUUGUGUAGAGUUGAAAUGUGAAGGACCUUAUUGUGGCUGGCCAUAUUAUUACCCAAUGCUCUGGAUUAUUGAUCUCAGGAAAUCCGCCUACAUCUUACUCAACACAGAAUUGCGUUCCCCUUCGGUUGAAGUUAAACUGGAAAAUCGAAAAAAACUUUCUGCUAAGGAGGUGGAACUAACAUUCUCAGUUAUAGGUCCAGAUCAUAUGACCAUAUUUGUGAUGCCGCAUCAAGAAGCAUCUCUUGUUUCAUGGUCUUUGAGUGAAAAAGCACCACAGUUGGCCAAAGUCCCUGAAUAUGCUGACCAAAGAGUUUAUUUCAUUUAUUACUCCCAUGCUGAAAAGCCUGCUGAGCCUUGGACGUUCAGUAUGAUAUUUACUGUUCCAGAAGAUUGGCAGGACAGCGCAACAAUCACAGAUAUCGCAUUUGCUGGUCACUACAUGCAUGGUGGAUUGAAGGAAACACCAGAACUGUCUGCAUUAGAGAAGAAGUUACCCAAGUGGGUAACUGCAGUUUCAUGGACAGCUACAUAUGAUAGCUGGAAGUUUUGAUAAUGUCCAACAUGUUAGAGGAAUGCAAAGCGAGAGAGAGAGAGAGAGAGAGUGAGAGUGAGAGAGGGAGAGAGGAGGAAAGAAGAGAGUGAGUGGGAAGGACAGGAAGGAAGAAGACAGAGAGACAGAAAGAGAGAUGGAGAGAGUGAGUGAUGAAAUCAAUUUCCUAUAUUCAUUCCUUUUGAUAGCUAUAAUGUUGAAAAUAUUUUACAAGUAUUUUAUAAUACGUGAGAAAAAAAUUGAAAUGCAGUUUAACCCCCAACCCCGCCAAAAAAAAAAAAACGUGUAAAGGAAAUUUAGUUUUUUUUGAAGGAAGGAGAAAAAAAACGAUUAUACAUUUUUUAUUUUUAAUAAUUAAAAAAAAAAUCAACAAUAUAUUGAACUGAAGCCUAGGGAUGAGCCUCUUGGAAUUUUUUAAGCCUGUGCAUGUGUGUGUGUAUGUAUGUGUGUGUGUUUUCAGUACAACUAGUGCCAUUUUUAGUCAUGAGAAUCAGUUCCACUGUGAGACAUCCUACACAAGUGUCUUCUAGUUGGUCCAAGCUAUGUGUAUUAAAUUUGGGUUGUUGUGUAGUGCCUGAUCAGCUCAGAUUGAGCAGUUCUCUUGCUUGCAGGUAGUCAGCCAAAUAAUUUGAUGUAACCAAUGUUGUGGACAUUCACACUUCCUUUUCUACCUACCUAGCUGAGAACCAUACUGCACAUUCCAACAUUGAAACUAGAUAGAAAGAAUCUGUGUUGAAGCUUGUUGCAUCGACUGUACUUGUAAUUUAAAGGUAGUCUCAGUGCUGUGGAAUUCUCAGCUGCUUACACUGUAAUGCAAUGAGUAGUUAAAUUCCAUUGAUUGCACAACUGGAAACAUGCACUGUCAAAACUGACAUGAGACCCAUCACUGUGUGUGUGUGUGUGUAACUGAUUGAGUGAAUAUCUUGAUAUAGUCUUCAUGUUUGCUUGUUCCAAAUUUACAUUUAAUUUACAAGAUGAGUAUAAAAGUUUAUAAUUUUUGAUAUUUUGAAGUUGAGAAAUGUAUUUUCCAAAACUACUAUUUGGGAUUUGUAUUUUACCAAAAAAAAUUUUUUUUUUUAAUAAAAUUUAUUUCUAUGGGUUGGCAGGAUAAAUAGACUGAAUGGUUAAUAAUAUUGUGUAAAAAAAAAACUAACAAAAAACAAAAACAAAAAA